GACUACACUCUAGGAGUAUGAGUAAUUCAUAAAAGUAAUUUCAUACUUCUAUUCAUCGCAUCAGAUUCUAUUUCUUCCCUCAUCAACCUCAUUUACACUACACUGUUGCACUGCCUCACUCUACUGAUCUUCUUUUGUUUCCCCCUUUUCUCUUUCCUUAUACACCUUUCAAGCCUUCUUCAUCUCUUAAAAAGCAAAAGCGAAAGUAAAAAUUUCUUCUUUUUUCUUCAUUUUUUGUCCAAAAUCUAACUACCCAGUUCAGAUUCUCCCUUACCCAAAGGCUCAUAGAUUCACAUAUACUCCCCAACAUCUUUUUUCUUUCACAUUUGCUUUUUUCUUCACUUUCUCUCUCUAGGGUUUUUCAACUAAUGCAUAAUCUGGAGACUAAUUAAUUUAAUUUUUUUUUCUGGGUUUUCUUCUAAAUGAUGGAAUUUUUAAUGGGUAGGAAAAUUUUUGUGGGUUUUCUCUGUUUUUCACUUCUUUUUGCUGGGUUUUCUUCAGUUUCAGCUUCUACUCCACCUGCUAAAUUUGUUAGUGGGUUUAUCUCAAGCUCUUUAGCUAAGCUGAUGAAAUGGGUUUGGUCACUUAAAGCCACUACUAAAACAGCAAUUUCUGGGCGUUCAAUGAUGAAAUUUGAAAGUGGGUACAAUGUUGAAACUGUGUUUGAUGGAAGUAAGCUUGGAAUUGAACCUUAUUCUGUUGAGGUUUCGCCUAGUGGAGAGCUUCUUAUUGUGGAUUCAGCUAAUAGCAAUCUUUACAGAAUAUCUUCAUCACUUAACCUCUAUAGCAGACCGAAGCUCGUUGCUGGAUCAGCUGAAGGAUACUCGGGGCACGUUGAUGGGAAACACAGGGAAGCAAGGAUGGGCAAUCCUAAAGGUGCCGCUGUAGAUGAUAGGGGAAAUAUUUAUGUUGCAGACACUAUGAAUAUGGCAAUCAGGAAAAUUAGCGAAUCAGGAGUCACUACGAUUGCUGGAGGAAAAUGGAAUCAUAAGGGUGGUCAUGUGGAUGGACCGAGUGAUGAAGCAAAGUUCUCGAACGACUUUGAUGUAGUCUAUGUAGGAAGCAGUUGUUCCUUAUUGGUCAUUGAUAGGGGGAAUCGAGCGAUCAGGGAAAUUCAACUCCAUUUCGACGACUGUGCUUAUCAGUACGAGAGCAGCUUCCCUUUUGGAAUAGCUGUGCUUCUUGCUGCUGGAUUUUUCGGCUACAUGCUUGCUCUUUUGCAAGGCCGAGUUGGUUCGAUUGUGUCUUCGCAGAACGACGUGAAUUUAACAAAGAACGUACAAUCUAGCCCAUAUCAGAAGCCUCGUAAAUCAGUGAGACCCCCGCUGAUCCCUGCUGACGAGGAUGCGGAUAGGCAAGAAGAAGGGUUCUUCGGAUCAUUAGGGAAGUUGCUUGCUAAUACCGGGACAGCAGCAAUGGAGAUAAUGGGUGGUAUAUUUCCCGGUUUGAAGAAAAAGCCAGUGGCCCAUCAAUACAGGAAUCAUGGACAGUUUCAACAACCCAAUACAUGGCAGUCACAAGAGAGUUUUGAGAUACCCAAAGAAGAGGAACCUCCUGCCAUUGAAACAAGGGCACCUACCCCAAAGAAAACUUAUGCGUUCAUGUCUAAAGACGCAGAAAAAAUGCAGCAACAGCUAAGAAAAAGCCGUGUUUUCUACAGUGGUUGGGACACAGAAUUUCAACAGCAGCCCCAGCAGCAGCAGCAGAAACACGAAAGACAUCAGCAUCGUCAUCAACAUCAUUCAUCCGUACCUCAGACUUACUAUGAGCAAAGCUGCGAUAAAACGAAUGAGAUUGUGUUUGGGGCGGUCCAGGAGGAAGGACGGCGUGAUUCAGUUGUUCGGCCUACUGAUUAUGCUAUGAAUGAUUAUUAUCAGCAAAAUCUCCGGUCCAGAGCAGGGUAUUUCCGCAAUUUUCCAUCAUAUACAUAAACAGAAUCUUUUUUUUUUCUUGGCACAUAUUAUGUCGUAUCUAUGAUUCCUUCAAAAACAUAGAAAUCUAUAUGGUAAUCCCUUUUUGAAGUAGGAGUAUUUAUUGGGGUAAUACUUGAAUUGGUGGUUGUUAGUUGUUACAAUGUUUACACCGUCAAAAGCCUUUUGUUUGAAGAAUGGCAUCCCCUAUGAAUAUUGAUAUAUUUAAGUUUGUAAUAUAUUGUUCAUUUUCUUAUAUUAUGGUUCAUCUUUCUUAUGA